CAAAAACUCAACCAUGGUCGGAUGGAUGAUCCAUGUCGCCACUGUUGGCCUCAUGCGCAAUCCUGAUGGCAAAGAGUACAUGUUGUACUCGCUCACGAUCGUCAAUGAAGCGGACAAGGUUUCGUACACGGUCACGCGCCGAUACAGUGAGCUGCUCGCUCUGCACGAAUGGAUCCGGGCAACCUUUCCGACUGAAACCCACCUGCUGCCAUUCCCGGCAAAGAAAUCGUUCGGUCUGACAACGAACAAAUCGGCAAAGUUUACGGAAGAUCGCCGGCUCGCUCUUGAGCACUAUCUCAAGUCGCUGUUUACCAUUGAGACGGUGGUCAACCAUGUUGGCUUCCGAGAUCGUCUGCAAAUGACACAUGAGAUGAUUCUCUACCGCACCAUGUCUGUCUGUCCCAAGUGCUGCAUUCUGGACAAGAAAGGGCUUGUUUGGACCAACGCUGUUGUCAAGCAAAGCCACCAUACAGUCCACCUCGUGAUUGGAUGCACACUCCAUGGAUCGUUUACCCUCGAGUACAGUGCCAAUGCCGAUCAUUUUAAGCGAGCCUUGAUUCACUCUCUGCCUCGGAGCCCCACAGAAUCCCUGCAUGGGUUUAUUGGUGACAUUGAAAACAUACAACAAGCCAAAAAGGCCAUUCAGCUGUCCACUUCGUCGAAGAAUUUACCGUCCAUGAUCGAGUUGUCCGUCUUUGAUGGAGAGCAACCUGUUUCCGACGACGAUCUUCGCCAGCAAAUUAUCUUGCUUACAUCCAGCUUUCCUCCUUCGCGUCAGUUUGUGCUCAAAGUCAAGGGCGAGCUGGCUGCAGACAUGGAACUUCUCAAUGAAAAGGUCUUGUUUGUUGAGCGCACAGCUCCAACACAACCAGCCCCGCUUCUCCUCGAUGUCUCUUUCGAGCGGUUGAUGCUGCUCAUCCGACUGCCAGACUCGUGCCUUCUCAAUCGACGCAUCUACCCUUGCAUCAAAUAUUACAUUCCCAAGGGCAUGGAAUCGGAAGUUGAAGGCGAAAUCAACUCUGCGCUCGAAGAACUUGAGCAAGAAAUCACUGGCAUUCAAGUCAUGAUUGACAUCUGCGUCGAGCGGCCCUUCCCAGUCCUGACAAACAUUAUUGCCAAUCUCCGCGAAAAGAGCUCGAUGGUUCGCGUCGUAAACAUUUCCAUGGAGCGGCCUCCGCGAGAGAUUAUUGCCAACGUUGCGCUCAACCCUGCGCCUGUUCAAGGAACUGUUGACAUUAGCGAAUUGUUAACAAAUAUCGAGGAAGACACUCGUAAAGACAUUGUGGUUGAAGAGUUCUUCCCGACAACCAUGCUUAUUACCCUGGAACCGCUCCUGUCAUUGAUGGGAUGGGGCAAGUACAUGCUCCGACCAUCUCCAAGCUAUGGAUUUGCAACCGUCCUUCUCAACACAGACACGCUGAGAUCGGUGCCGAUUUCGCGUCUGAUGGAUGUGGACAAGUUCUACGAGUCGAUCGCCUCGCUGCUUCCCCAGCUCAGCGCCAACCAGGCAGAUAUCGGUAUUCUGCUUGGUACCAAACUGCGCAAGAUUCUCAAGACUUGCGCACGACCUGGCCAGCCAGAUCUAUUCACCGUCUUUGCGAACGACCAAGAGGCGACCUUCCUUUCGCGGUCGCAGGUGUGGAUUGUGCACCGAGAAAUCGACUUUGGCGCGCUCGACCUGCAAUACGUUGUGCGACCGUGUGUGCUGACCAAGCUGGCUCGCCAGCUCUGGAAGUCAUUUUCAGCAACUGAUGCUGACAGUGCGAGUGCCUCUUCUGCGUCAGCCUCGUCCGCGCCGGCAAACUAAGAACGCGCGGAUUUCAUGUUUAGGAUUUGUGUGUGUGUGUGUGUGUGUGCUAGGAGUGCCUGAAUUGUGCUCCAUUCAAAGAUUAAUGUUCGUG